AUCACGAAAAAUCCAACAAAAAGAUGAUAUUGUGUUGACAAAAUACCCAGAUAUGUCUCUCUCCCUCUCUCUUCCAAUCUAAGCUACUCCAUUUUCUUCUCUCUUUUACCAGCCAAACUCAGGGUCCGCAUUUCUAAAAGGGACUUUAGUACUGGUCCCCUAGCAGAUCCAUAAAACGCCCAUUUUUUCCCUUCCAAGUUCCCACAUUUCUCCGUGUUUUUUUUUACUGAGAAUGGACUUACGGUAGCAUCUAUUUUUUGGCCUUUUGUACAAGCUGUUCUUUGAUAUUUCAGCUUGUUUUUAUCUUUAUCUUCUUCUGAGUUGUAAUGGGUUUUUGUUGGAUUUCUUUCUUUUGAGCUUUAAGGUGGAGUUAAUCAAUCUUGGAUUUUGAUCUCUUUACUGGGUUUUUCUACAAGCUCUAUUUGAUAAUUGAGCUCGUUUUUAAUCUUUAUCUUCUUUUGGGUUGUAAUGGGUUUCUGUUGGAUUUCUUUCUUUUGAGCUUUAAGGUGGAGUUAAUCUUGUUUUUUUCUACAAGCUGUAUUUGACAUUUCAGCUUGUUUUUCAUCUGGAUCUUCUUCUGGGUUGUAAUGGGUUUUUGUUGGAUUUCUUCUUGUGAGCUUUAAGGUGGAGCUAAUCUUGCAUUAUUGAUCUCUUUACUGGGUUUUUCUACAAGGUGUAUUUGAUAAUUCAGCUCGUUUUUCAUCUAUAUCUUCUUCUGGGUUGUAAUGGGUUUUUGUUGGAUUUCUUUCUUUUGAGCUUUUAGGUGGAGUUAAUCUUGGAUUUUGAUCUCUUUUCUGGGUUUUCUACAAGCUGUAUUUGAUAAUUCAGCUCAUUUUUCAUCUCUAUCUUCUUCUGGGUUGUAAUGGGGUUUUGAUGGAUUUUUUCUUAGCUUUAAGGUGGAGUUAGUCUUGGAUUGUUGAUCUCUUUCUGGGUUUUCUUACGAGUUGUUCUAUUAUGAUAUAUCAGCUCGAGUUUCAUCUUUAUCUUCUUCUGGGUUGUAAUGGGUUUUUGUUGGAUUUCUUUCUUUUGAGCUUUUAGGUGGAGUUAAUCUUGGAUUUUGAUCUCUUUUCUGGGUUUUCUACAAGCUGUAUUUGAUAAUUCAGCUCAUUUUUCAUCUCUAUCUUCUUCUGGGUUGUAAUGGGGUUUUGAUGGAUUUUUUCUUAGCUUUAAGGUGGAGUUAGUCUUGGAUUGUUGAUCUCUUUCUGGGUUUUCUUACGAGUUGUUCUAUUAUGAUAUAUCAGCUCGAGUUUCAUCUUUAUCUUCUUCUGGGUUGUAAUGGGUUUUUGUUGGAUUUUGUUCUAGCUAUGAGGCGUAGCUAAAAAGUCUUGGAUUGUUGGUCUCUUUUUUGGGGUGUUUCUACAAGCUGUCUAUGAUAUUUCAGCUCGUUUUCAUCUCUAUCUUCUUCUGGUCUGCAAUGGGUUUUUGUUGGAUUUUGUUCUAGCUAUGAGGCGGAGCUAAAAAUUCUUGGAUUGUUGGUUUCUUUUCGGGCUGUUUCUACAAGCUGUCUAUGAUAUUUCAGCUCAUUUUCAUCUCUAUCUUCUUCUGGGCUGCAAUGGGUUUUUGUUGGAUUUGUUUUUAGCUAUGAGGUGGAGCUAAAAAGUCUUGGAUUGUUGAUCUCUUUACUGGGUUUUUCUACAAGCUGUUCUAUGAUAUUUCAUCUCAUUUUUCAUCUCUAUGUUCUUUUGGGUUGUCAUGGUUUUUUGUUGGAUUUUUUCUUAGCUUUAAGGUGGAGCUAGUCUUGGAUUGUUGAUCUCUUACUGGGUCUUUUAUUGUUUUGUGAUCUGAGCUGAAGCUAUUUCGAGGAAUUCAUAUCUGGGUGGAGAGAAAAAUGCAGUGUACAAGCUGUCUCCCAGGAUACCACCCAAAAGAUCUUAAUGGGAGCCGUAGUGGUAAUUCAUGGUCGAUACCACACAAUGAUAUCGCCUGGAACGGUGCCAGAGGCUUCUAUGUUUCGUCGCCUCCAUUUAUGGCAGACCGAAACCUGGAAUUAGUUCAUCAAAAGGAAAUAUUGAAGCAGACGGUACUCAAGCAUGAAGCAAUAUUUAGAUAUCAGGUCAGUGAAUUACAUCGCGUACAUAGAAGACAAAGGGAGUUAAUGGAUGAGAUUAAGAGGAGAAAACUAGCGGAGGAUCAUUUACACUUGCAAGCAUUAGAGUCGAAGUCUUUUUUGUCACAGUUAAGGUCUGAAAUUUCUCAGAAAUCCCAUUGCCCUCUGGUUUUUGACCUCACAAGCAUUGAGCCAUCUACGCUACCUAGAGAAACUUUUCAAGGUUCUUCGAAUUGUAUUGCUGGUCAGGGAGUGCCACCAGGUGCUCACUUAUUGACUGAGCAAAAUGUUACAAACGACAGGAAAAUAUCUCCUUCAGAGAGCAGUGCAUCCAGGAAGAGAAUGUUGGAUCUUGAACUUCCAGCAGAAGAAUACGUCGAUAUUGAAGACGGAGAACAAUAUGCAAGGGAAAGUCCGGUUCAAGAGCCCAAUAUUCUGAUUUCAGAGCUUCAACCUUCGCAUAGUUCAAAAGUCAGCUUUGUUCCUGGGGAUUCUUCAAUUUCUAACUCAAAUCCUAGGGGUAGCUUUCUUUUGUUUGACCUGAAUGAACCAAUACAGCCUGAUGAAACAGGGUACCCAAAUUCUGCACUUGAAUCUAUUACCGUUCAUGAGGACAUCAGCAACAUGGAUCUGGAUCUAUCUGGAACAGUACAUGCGGAAUGCUUGACUCUGAAGAAAGAAGUUACAGGGGGAGAUAUAAGCAACGUGAAUUCUUCUGAUGAAGUUUCUUCUGUUGAGAAUCAAACAGCAAGUUCAUCUUCAAGAUUUGUAGAUAAGAGUCAUAAUGGAACCAAAGCUGACAAGUCAUUGCUGGUUUCUUCUCGGAAAAGAAUUAAGGAGAUACCCUUCGCAGUUCAAGCUCUUCCAUGCUUUAUUACUAAUGCAUCACUCAGUAAGAGUCCUAAAUCUUCUGUUGGGAACUCUUGUCUAACUGGAAAGAAGAGUGAUCAGUAUAACAGUAGUGCUUCUAGCCCAACUUCUGGCACAUCCAGCUCAAGCUUGAUGAAAUAUGGUGAUAACGAAUCUACAUCUGGAAAAAUUGAUGAUAUUAAGUUAUCUAAGAUUCCAGAUAGCAUGAGUUCGAUGAAGGGUAUGGACUUGAAUUGCACACCUGAUGAUGAUUUGUCUGGCAAUCAGUUUUCAACCCCUACCUCUAAUAUUUCACAUCUGAAUCUCCCUGAAGAUGGAGAAAGAGAGCUUUGUAAAACCGUUCUUCUUGAUUGUAUCCCCAGUCCUGAUUCUGCAGUUGAAUCUGGAAAAUCUACCAGGGAUAAUAACUUUGUCGGUCCUGGAAGUGAUAGCAAGUCUUUGACAACUAAUUCUUGCAUUAACAUGUCCAGCACCAAGGAGGAAACUUUUUCACCUGGUCACAGUGAAGAAACGACUCCUGUGGACAGAGAUUUGGAAGCUCCUGUAAGCCCAGAAAACAAGGAAUGUUCUCCACCUAGAGGAGAUUCUCCGGACAAAACAAUUGAUAAGUCUGUCCAGUGGUCUAAAACAGACCACAUGAGUGAUCACACGGACAAUACUGACAGUGCUGCAGCAGAGACCCUGCUUUUUAUUUCAUCAUCUGUUGUACGGGGACAUUCAAAGACGGCCCAGGGUAGACCAUCUGAAGCCUCUCAUGACACUCUUGGCUGGCUUGCUGAUAUUGCAACUUCUUUGGCAAGUAAUCCAGAGAAAGAGGUUGGAGAAUUCAUGAACCUCCGUUGUCAUCGCAGCACACUUAUAUCAGACGAGAGCAAUUGCAAUGAGGUCGUGAAGCUCACACGCAAAGGGGGAAACAUGGAUAACUAUGGUCAUCAGUUAAAGGUUGGAAAAGGGAAGGAAGCAGUAUGCAGUACUUUGCGUAGUCGGACAAGGAGGAGCCGACCUAAGAGAGAAAACUAUCAGAGCAUCCUUCAGAGAGAAGUACAUCCUGCCGGUCCUUCUGUUUCUCUUCAUCAGUUGCAUGGAGAUCUUCUGGCUGUCGGAGGUCUAAAGUCACCUGCAAAUGCUCCGCGUAGGGCUAGUUUGCGAAGUAGCAAAUGUUCCCCUAUUGUAAGUAGAACAAGUUGCUCACUAUUACAACCACAUCCUUGCAAUGACAAGCAGGGCAAGACAGACAGAUUCUGGAAAAACUGGGGGUUAACAAAAGAGCGGCAAAACAGUCGGAGAGCUCGUGAUAUCUCCUCUUUUAGCUGAUGGGUUAUUUUGUGAUUCUGUAUUUUUGAAGUCAUGGAAAUAUUAUAUGGUGCACAAAGUUGAAUCAUAGGAGUAGUUUACUUUUAAGGUUUUUCUGCUCUUGGAAUUAUAUGUACAGGUAGUAGACUGAAUUCGUAUAGCAUACUUAUUUUUUGGUGCAAUCUCAUGUUGUAGUUACAAUGGUAAUGACAAAAAUAACAACAGUUUGUUGUUAGUUUGAUA